AUGUCAGCGGAGAAGACCUUCAAGCACCGCCGCACCUUCCAACAACGAGUAGAUGUCCGACUUAUUCAAGAGCAGCAUCCAGCCAAAAGCCCGGUGAUAACAGAACGAUACAAGGGUGAGAAGCAGCUUCCCGUCCUGGAUAAAACGAAGUUCCUUGUACCUGACGUUCGAGACGUCAACAUGAGUGAGCUCAUCAAGAUAAUUAGAAGGCGCUUACAGCUCAAUGCUAAUCAAGCCUUCCUCCUGGUGGUGAACGGACAUAGCAUGGUGAGCGUCUCCACACCAGUCUCAGAGGUGUAUGAGAGUGAGAAGGAUGAAGAUGGAUUCCUGUACAUGGUCUAUGCCUCCCAGGAGACGUUUGGGAUGAAAUUGUCAGUGUAAAACUAGAAAAAUGCAUCUAUUCUAGAAUUUUUUAAACCCUUACCAAGGGAAAAAAAGGGAUGUUACCAACUGAGAUCGAUCAGUUCAUCUAAUCAUAGAUCAUCAAACAGUAGUGUUCCCACCUAGGAGUGUUAGAAGGUGUGUUUGUAUUUCAAGCGGAAGAACUGAGCUCCAAGUGAGCACGUUCAGCUUUGGAAACUAUAUUAUUUAAUGUAGGCUAGCUUGUUUUCAAAUUUUAAAAGUUUAAAGAUAAAAUACUUUGCAUUCUA